AUGAACAUUCAAGCCUUGCUAACAUUUUACUUAAUCAAUUCUCGUGGACAAUUCUCCGAUCGCAAUAUCAAUGAAGAAAUUGCAAAUUCUUUAUUUUAUGUAAUCGAAAAAUUCUUCGUUCCACGUGGUGGUUCGUUUAUAUUUGUAAUGUCUUUCGAACGGGAGGAAACUAAAACUUUUUAUCAGGAUCUUAGUGCAAUUUUAUUUGGUUCAUAUGACAACAUUAAAACACAAAUUGUUGUAAAUAAUGGAAUUUCUGUAAGAACAGGUCUCUAUGAUGCUAGAAUGAGAGCUUACAAUAUAUUGGUGGUGGAUUCCUUGAAAUCAUUUUUGAAUAUUGACCUUGCAAAUAAAGUUAAAAACUAUGACAUCAAUGAAUUCUAUCAUAUUUUUCUCCAUAACAAAGAUAGUUCUUUGGAAGCUGAUAUAAAAGGUAUACUUUCGUAUUGCUGGGCAAACUACAUCAUCAAUGUUAACGUCGAAGUUCAAACAGCAAAGGGAGACCUUAUUGUUUACACAUAUUUCCCCUUUACUGAAUCCCAUUGCAAUAAGGUUAUCCCCGUGGAAGUGAAUCGAUUUAAAAAUGGGGCAAUGGUGAAUGCAGACUUAUUUCCCCAAAAGCUUCAAAAUAUGCACAAGUGUCUGAUUAAAGUGGCUACUUGGCAUACUCCGCCAUAUUUAGGUUUGGAUAACACAAAAAGUGGUGGUAUAGAAAAAAUCAGCAGUGGUUUUGAGGGCCAGUUAUUGAAGGAAUUAAGUUCUUUGAUGAAUUUUAGUGUCGAAAUUAUUGUUCCACCGAAAGACCAAGAAAGAGGUGUAGUUUUUUGUAAUUAUACCAAAGGAACAGGGGCAAUAAAUAUGCUCGAUAAAAGAAUCGCUGACAUGAGUCUUGGAUCAUUUUGGUUUACCAGAGCUCGAAGUCAGGUCCUUACAGCUUCAGAUUCAUAUUUCCAAUCGUCAAACGUGGCUGUAUUAGUCAAGAAUUCACUAAAUUACGAAUCUCCUGGUAUCUUAUGGUUUCCGUACAAGUUCAAAGCUUCAAUGGUAUUGAUAGCAUCAUUCAUCAUAAUGCUCGGUUUUGGUUAUAUUAUCGAAAAAUGGUCAACUUUUAUGCCCAAUAAAAGACGACGAAAUAGAUGCAUUAAUUUUAUUGCAUGGACUUUAGGACUACCAUCAAUUACAUUGCCAGUACAGAAUUCAAGACGAAUAUUUGUCAUGGCUUGGAUCCUAUUUGGUCUUGUCAUUCGAGCUCAAUAUUCUGUUGUUGCUUUGGACUACACAAUCAUACUAAGCCAAUUUGGUUACAAUGCCUUGAAUGACACAACUAUUUUCACCGAUACAGGACUUCAACAUAAAAUCAUUGAUUUUCAAGGACAUGAAUCUCCAUUAUUUGUUUAUUUAGAAAAACAUUCCAACGAAAGGCUAUUUGUCAUUUCACCUUUAGAAUUUUUGUUAAAUUAUGUUGGUGAAAAUCGUAAAGGUGGUGUUUUGACAACAUUGAAGGAAUCAUUUAUGUUACAAAAUAUUUGUAUUUAUUUUACAAAACAUUCAUUUUUAGUUGAUCGUGUAAAUUUGUUAAUACAACGAAUUAAUUCUGCGGGUUUAUUGAAUUCAUGGGCUAAAACACAAAUUGAUUGGUCAUAUUUGAAAUCAUCAAUAUUGCCGAAGGAGAUUGUGAUUGGACAGAGAGAAUUGAGUGGAAUAUAUUAUGUUUGGUUUCAAUGGUUUUUCAAUUCAUUGCGCGUUGGUGGGAUCUCGCCUGUUGGCGUUGCUGAUGCGCUGUUGUUGUUGUUGUCAUCAUCAACAUUAUCGACAUCGACUUAA